GAGAUGCAGCCUCUAAUUAAAAGAUCUUACACCCCACGAGUGGGCACAUCUAUCUAUCUAAAGUGAAAAGUGACAAAUUGAAAGAGCGAUGAUAUGAUAGCAGCUCUAUUUUUAAUGCAAAUCAAUGCUUUCCUUGUUAGUUAAACGCGGCUAUAACAACAUGAAGUGACAUCGACAUGAACUGAUAUCUUUCAAGGGCGAAGCGAUGGCGCUAAAGCGGCCCUCGUCGCGACCGACGGCGUCGUCGUAGUAGCUAGCACAAAGCCAGCUGGAAACCUCUGAUGAAAAAUAGGAAUACCACAUGACAACUUAACACUUAACGUCGAGAGCCAAUUGUUAGUACAACUAUCAUGUUGUCAGCCAGCCCCACCGCCCCUGACCUCGAGGGGAGACGCAGGCAAAUUGUGCGGAAGGUGAGGGAGAGACUCAUCAUUACACGUUUCGGCUACACUCAGCAGCACCUUCGUCAACAGUAGAACGUGGAUCAACUACAUCAACGACUCACGGGGAUUGCGAACAGCACGGAGGAGCGGCGACUACAGUAGAACGUGGAUCAACUACAUCAACGACUCACGGAAGAGCGACGACUACUUCAUCCUCGUCUUCAUCGUCUUCGUCCUCGUCUUCAUCGAGCACUGACGUGCCGCAUGAUGCAAGGGACGAAAGGAAGAUGGACAAGAUCCUCAUUGUUAAGAUGAGUAUGACUAUUGAGUUGAUAGCUGCUUAAAGAAACUAAAAAUCAUAGUAGGUCUAGUUCAAGUUCAACGUUUUUGGUGUUGAUGGUGGACAGUGUUGUUCCUCGUGCCACUUCUAACUUCCUGUCCGACUCUGAGAGGAGGAGAGACGUUACUAGUUCAGCCGAGAUGGCUUUUCAUACAGUUGUUGAGUCUGGUCUAAUAUUUACUACCACCAUGCGCAGGAGACCCUGUAGGCAGGGACCAGAUCCGCAUGGUCCUCUUUUUUGCAGCAGCAUACUAUCGACCUUCGAAGAAACGUCACUUAUGACAGAGAGUUUCGAUCUUCCUUGAUGUCGAUGCAUACUGUGAGUGUCCUUGUUGCUGCAGGUUCGAAAGCGUCAGUAUAAAUGAUUUCCACCAAUCAUGAUUUAAUAGAAGAAAACGCUUUUCAUUUUCUCUUUAUCGCACCUCGCUCCUGUCACUCUCACUCUUCUAUCGAAGAUUUACAUUUAGUUGUUAAUGCUUAUGCUUACGCCGUAGUAUCUAUAGUUGCCUUGAGCGCAUUCUUGAGGCCAGAUUUGAGCUUAGGUCUGCUAGAUGAACAUCGCCACUAUAUGUAUCUUGGAAGAAAAAAAAUUUUAUUGACAACUACUACUACUUCUACUAGAAUCAACACGAAAACAAAUUCUCAGAAUUUUCGAUAAGAAGAACUAACUCUAACAUACAACCCAUUUUUUAUGAUUACGACAGACAAGUGGAAGCAAAUCGAAAUUCUGUAUUUCAACUCCAGUUUCUGACUCUCAGGAAGUAUUUUCCCAUGUGUGUUGAAGAUCAUGCCAGAGGAAGGACCACCUGUGGUCGACAUAGUUGUUACAAUCGCGACCACCUGUACCAGGAAAAAUGAAUAUCAGGUUCUCGCAAGUCCUCAAGUUCACAGAACACUGCUUCUAGAUUCUAGUCAUCAUAAGACAGAAAGUGGCUAGAUUUCGUUCUCACGUGAAGACAGACCGUGACCGAAGUGUUAUCGUUCUCAGCCUUGCACUGCACCUCCUUGAUAUUGUUAUUGAGCAUCUACCAGCAACAACUUUUUACUUCUACAAGAAGCAAGCAGCAAUUUGCACCACCUCCAAAA